CAGCAGGCAAAAGUUUAUCAACUAGCAUUUGACUUGAGUGUGAAAUUAAAACAACUGGCCGAUCUAACGGCGAUUUGUGUGGAUAAGUCAGCUGUUUACAUCAUGAGCAUUACAAAUGAGGACAAUCUUCAACUGACAUUUUUCAAUCAAUUAAACCAACGUAAAAGUAAAAAAUCUUCGUACAACACCCUGGUGCAGGGCACAGGCACACCGACAAGACGACGUAACUUUAUUCGACUGUAAAUCAUCAUCAUCUGCAAAUCACAGAUCAUCGUUAUAAAGAAUAUAUUCUUUAAAACAUUCUAAAAAGACCACAGAUCUAAGUACAAACACAUAAAAUGACAGACUACAGUGAUCUAGAUCGACAGAUAGAACAGCUUAAACGAUGUGAAAUCAUUAAGGAAAACGAAGUUAAGGCACUGUGUGCCAAGGCUCGUGAAAUCCUUGUCGAAGAGGGCAAUGUUCAACGUGUCGAUUCUCCUGUUACUGUCUGUGGUGACAUUCAUGGACAAUUCUAUGAUUUGAAAGAACUUUUCAAAGUCGGUGGCGACGUGCCUGAGACAAACUACUUAUUUAUGGGAGAUUUUGUCGAUCGUGGAUAUUAUAGUGUCGAAACAUUUCUACUACUAUUGGCAUUAAAAGUUCGCUAUCCAGAUCGAAUCACAUUAAUUCGUGGCAAUCAUGAAUCUCGACAAAUUACCCAAGUUUAUGGAUUCUAUGACGAGUGUCUGCGAAAAUAUGGAUCAACAGCAGUUUGGCGAUACUGUACCGAAAUUUUUGACUAUUUAAGUUUAUCAGCGAUAAUUGAUGGAAAGAUAUUUUGUGUACACGGUGGACUUAGUCCUUCAAUUCAGUAUUUAGAUCAGAUUCGCACGAUCGAUCGCAAACAGGAAGUGCCGCAUGAUGGUCCUAUGUGUGACUUACUUUGGAGUGAUCCAGAAGAUCAGACGGGAUGGGGUGUAUCACCACGUGGAGCUGGUUAUCUAUUUGGAUCUGAUGUUGUUUCACAAUUCAAUCGAACAAAUGAUAUUGAUAUGAUUUGUCGAGCGCAUCAAUUGGUUAUGGAGGGAUUCAAAUGGCAUUUCAAUGAGACUGUAUUAACGGUUUGGUCGGCGCCCAAUUACUGUUAUAGAUGUGGAAACGUGGCAGCGAUUCUAGAACUGAACGAAUUUCUUCACAGAGACUUCAUCAUUUUUGAAGCUGCCCCACAAGAAAGUCGAGGUAUACCAUCGAAAAAACCGCAAGCGGAUUAUUUCUUGUAAGAGGUCGACCAUUGGCUUUUUCUCUCUCUCCAUACCAGACGAGUUCUCUGGAACUAAAGAAGAAAACCAUCACGGGCAGUUUCUUUAUUCAUUUUUGCACUUCUAGCCGAAUAUACAAAACCAAGAAACCUUUUUUUUUGGCAUCUAGAACAAUAUCCUUGCUAAUACUGCCAAGCAUUUUAAAAUCUAAUCUCUCAUUGUAAAAGUGUAUCUUUGCUCUGCACUGAUAAACAGAAAAAUAAAAACAAAAAAAUAAAACCAAAAACAUGAUGAAGUGUAAAAUUGAGAAAAAGAAAAUAUAACAAACCACGAUACAGAUUAAAGUUUUAUUUAUAAUAACUAAAGGAGUAUUAAGUAUCCUUUCAAAUAGUUUUAACUGUCCACUUUAUGUAUUUUUUUUUAAUAAAUAAGAUUUUUUUAUAUUUAAGUUCCUUUUUAUACCUCUCUGUUUGAUUUCUGCCCCAUCCCGCUACCUUUUUUCCCCUCGUCAGAUUAACUUUAAAAACAAAAAUUCUUAUACUAUUUUCUAAAAAAAAGAUUUUGUUAAAUGCAAGAUAAAGUUUUUUUUCUAGACAAACAGAAAACUGAAAAUAAAUGAGCAAACAAAAAAAUUAAUAAAAAAAAAGUUUUUUUUUGUUACACAUAUAUAAUACAAUUUUGUAUAUUUUAAGAGAAACAAAAUAUUAUUACUAUUAUAAUUGCUCUUCUAUAACGUAUUUAACGUAUUUAAGAUGAUAAUGAUAAUAAAAUAUUAAGAUUAAGAGAA